GAGAGAGAGAGAGAGAGAGAGAGAGAGAGAGAGAGAGAGAGAGAUUAAUAAAGUUUUCCUAAGUCUACUGAAAAUGUUUCAGGCUUUUUUCGUUGCUCUGCGUAUCUAAUGUAACUCACUCUCUUUGGAUAGCUCACCAUGAACCCUUUAUUUGUCUCUCUGCUCCUCUUCUUCAUUCAGUACCCGCGUCCCUCUCUCCAACAGUUUCCAAGACCAUGCACCACUGCAGAGGUUCUCCAAAACAAGCAGUGCUGUCCGGUUUGGCCCGGGGACGGCUCGGUGUGCGGGAGCCUUUCGGGUCGAGGGUUCUGCCAGGAUGUGACGGUCUCGGACCUACCCAACGGGCCGCAGUACCCCCACACCGGCGUGGAUGACCGGGAACAGUGGCCUUUAGUCUUUUACAACCGAACCUGUCAAUGCGCAGGUAACUACAUGGGGUUCAACUGCGGCGAAUGCAAGUUCGGGUACUUCGGGGCCAGCUGCGCAGAGAGGCGCGAAUCCGUGCGCAGGAACAUCUUCCAGCUGUCGAUAACAGAGAGACAGCGGUUCAUCUCGUACCUGAACCUCGCCAAGAACACCAUCAGCCAGGACUACAUGAUCGUGACGGGCACAUACGCGCAGAUGAACAACGGCACGAUGCCCAUGUUCGCCAACAUCAGCGUGUACGACCUGUUCGUGUGGAUGCACUACUACGUGUCCCAUGACGCGCUGCUGGGGGGUCCCGGUAACGUGUGGCCCGACAUCGACUUUGCGCACGAGUCGGCGGCCUUCAUGCCCUGGCAUCGCGUUUAUCUGUUGUUUUGGGAGCAUGAGAUACAAAAACUGACCGGGGAUUUUAACUUCACCAUCCCGUACUGGGACUGGCGUGACGCGGAGGACUGUCAGGUGUGCACGGAUGAACUGAUGGGAGGGCGCAGCCCCCUGAGCCCAAACCUGAUCAGCCCAUCCUCUGUAUUCUCAUCUUGGAAGGUGGUCUGUUCACAACCCGAAGACUACAACAGUCGCGCGGUGCUGUGCGACGGGUCACCCGAGGGGCCAUUACAGCGCAACCCCGGCAACCACGACCGAAACCGUGUCAGACGGCUGCCCACCUCUGCAGACGUGGAGUCAGUGCUCAGACUAACAGAGUACGAGACCGGACCAAUGGACCGGCGGGCCAACAUGAGCUUCCGGAACGCUCUGGAAGGUUUUGCGAGUCCAGAAACAGGUUUGGCAGUUACAGGUCAGAGUCUGAUGCACAACUCCUUACACGUCUUCAUGAACGGAUCCAUGUCUUCGGUUCAGGGCUCAGCCAAUGACCCAAUUUUUCUUCUGCAUCACGUCUUUAUUGACAGCAUCUUUGAGCAGUGGUUAAGACGACAUCAGCCUCCGCGCACACAUUACCCGACAGCCAAAGCCCCAAUCGGGCACAACGACGGAUAUUUCAUGGUUCCCUUCAUCCCUCUGUACAGAAACGGAGAUUAUUUCAUCUCCACCAAAACUCUGGGUUAUGAAUAUGCAUAUUUACUGGACCCCGGCCAGCGGUUCGUGCAAGAGUUUCUGACGCCGUAUCUCGAGCAAGCUCAGCAGAUCUGGCGCUGGCUCCUGGCUGCGGGAAUUUUGGGGGCGCUCGUGGCAGGAAUUAUCGCGACGAUCAUCGCCGUGGCGUGUCGCAGGAGGCAAAAAAGAUGGAAGGUGUCGGAGUACGGAGAGAGACAGCCGCUUCUGAACAGCAGUGAGGAGGACGGUUCAACUUCAUAUCAGACGAGGCUGUGAAU